AUGAGUGCAACGAGUACGGCUGGCGAGUCGAUUGCGUAUCGCGUCAUCAUCGUUUCCGUUGCGGGUCCUGUUGUCGCGAUACCCUUGUGUGCUAUCCGACUGUAUACCAAACUCCGCAUAUUGCGUAAUACGGGAUAUGACGACUAUGCCAUCUUGCUCGCUACGAUUUUAGGCCUGGGGUUUUCAAUAACCACCUGCUACCAGACGACAAAUGGCCUAGGAAAGCACAUCUGGGAUGUAUCGCCCUACCAGUUUCACCAACUGAUGAAGAUCGGCGACAUCGCAGGCCCGAUUUUCUACAACAUCUCAACGCUCUUCAUCAAGGUGUCGCUCUGUUUCUUCUAUCUGCGCUUCUCCUUCUCCAGAGCCUUUCACGUGGCCGUGUAUGCCCUCAUGGCCAUUAGCAUCAUCUACAGUCUGCUAGCCGCUUUCGGCUUCGCCUGGCUGUGUAAUCCCAAGGAAAAGUACUGGGACUUCAGCAUCAAAACCGGUUCUUGUCUUAAUCUGAACGCCUUCUUCUUGAGCACGGCUUGCAUCAAUGCGGCAACAGAUCUCGCCCUCUUGGUCCUCCCGCUCUUCAUCAUCAAGGACCUUACACUUCCUACACGACGCAAGAUCGGUGUGGCAAUGCUGCUCAUGACUGGUUCUUUUGUAUUCGUCGUGAGCGUCAUUCGAAUGCAAGCCAUCAUUGCCGCCAGUAAUGUCGUCGCAAAGGACGGAACGUGGGGCAUGGUCAUCAACUUCAUCUGGAUUCUAAUCGAAAUGUGGCUUGGCAUCAUCUGUGCAUGUCUCCCUACACUACACACAUUCGUCAAGCGCACAUGGGCUGCCCGCUGCGUCAAAAUAAACGCCAAUCGACGCGGCAACACCGAGGUCCCGGACCACCACCACCACCACCAGUGGAUUGGGCUGGGCGACGCGCCGGGCAGACAGUCUGCGAGCGCGAAAAAAGCCGAGCAUCUGAUUGUUGUGGAGUCCAAGAGCAACGCGACUGACUCGUCGACUCGAAGUACCGCCGCACGCGAAGAUUCUUUGCUUCCUAUUUCGCGCGAGCACGUUUGA